AUGUUAAGGAGGCAUGGGCAGUUCGAUGGCUCGAAGGCGCUGUGGGGUCCAGCCCUCUGUCCGAGGGUCGAUCAAACGGCGGUCACGCGGAAACAGCCCAAACCACGGCUGAAAGCGCGCGGCAUCGAUGCGCAACGUUGGUCAUACGUUAAACAGGAUACGAUUGUCUGUUUGGAAGAGGAUAACCGCCAUGGCGAUUUGCAACUGGAUACAAACGAUCCUGACUGCCCCGGAGGGUGGUCGAGAGGCACUAUGACCUGUCAACGUUCUUCCAUAGGAACGGCUGCGCGACAGAUGCACCGGGCGACCGCCGGUCGCCGAGUGACCGACCGGUCGCGGUCGGAACGGGGGUUUCGAACGUUCAAGGACCUACAACAUUUCCUUUCAAUUGUUGUUCCGGCAGAGGCACACAACCUCGUUAGACUGUCGUUGAAAAGGAGGGAAACGAUUAGUGAAUACGCAACAUGCGGAAAAUACCUGCUUUGUGUAAUUCCACCUAUUUCAUUGUUCUUGCAGAACAAAACUGUUCCGCGCGUGAGGCACCACUGGAAGAGGAACUUCCGGAGUCGCGAGGACAAACUGAAGGAAAACAAUGAAUGGAGACGUCGUCGUCGAAGUGAAGUGAUCGACAAAGGGCAGGUGAGCAGCAUGUGGACCUCGCCUGAAGAAACGUCGAAUCACCAGCGGAUAAAUUUUUGGCUCUUUUGUCACUGUGUGACGCUGGUUCGAAUCGAACGCGUUUUGCAUGUUGAGUUCGCGGUGGGAGACGAACUCGGUUUCGCUGGCGUUCGGUUUUCGAGCACGUGCUGUCGAGUUAAUUGCGAGUUAUUAAAACGAUUAACUGGCGGUACGUCGUCGCUGAUGAGGACCAGCUCGCAGCAGUGUCUAGGAAUGCGCAUGGCUUAUUUACUGGAUAAGCCUGGCUGGCGGCUGCCAGUCACCGUCGGGAGCCAUGAGGUGGCAUAA